UUAAUCGGUGUCCAAGCGGCCCGGAACACUAGGGAUAGUCGUCGGUACACGAUACUAGAGUCACGGUAGGAUUCUGAGGACAGGGCUGCAGUUGGGACCUAACCCAUGGUCAAUACAGUGGCAGACACUGUGACACGACAUUGCAUAAUACAUAGUAGACCCGGCGGCGCUGGUAGUGGUGGUGCCUCCACCUACCGAGCGCCGGCCGAACUGUGCGAUGACUGUGCGACUGUGCGUUCCCGCCGCUCCGGGCCGGUCGGCUGAUCCGCCGGUCAGAGGUCGGCGGCGGCGCGCGCUUUGGGCAGACAGGUCGCGGUGUCGAGCGUGCCGGGAGGGAGGUCCCGGUCGGAUUCACGGAAGGCGGCUGAAUCAGCGGUCCGUGACCUCUGUCGCCCUCGGUGUGACCCGUGCGGCGCCAUGUGGGGUCGGUCCCGGCCGGGCGCCUGGUACCGCUGGUACCACCUGGCGCUCAUGACGGCCACCUACAUCACCGGUGAGCUCUCCCACUUCCUGGUCGGCAUCGUCAGCCGCCAGAUGGCGCAGGAGCUCCACUACGGCGACAUCGGCUGCGUGGAGCGUGAGAACGCCACCGACGCUGGCGCCGACUGCUACACCUUUACCGACAAUACCAGCUGCACGGCAGUGGACGCCUGCGAGUGGACCUACACGGGUCUGGGCAUCCAGUACCAGGUGCUGGCCGGGCCGGCCUUCAUAGGAGCCUUCACUCUCGCCGGCCUGGUGUUCGGCAGUCUGGCUGAUUCGUACAACAGACAGCGUCUGCUGACGUUCAGCACCGCCCUGCUGACCGUCUCCACCUUCCUGAUGGGGUUCGCCACCGAGUACUGGCACCUGGUGCUCUUCAGAAUGUGCACCGCAGCCGGGGAGGCGGGUUUCGCGCCACUAAGUUCCGGCAUGAUAUCGGACCAGUUUCCGCCGCAGCUGCGCGGCAUGGCCAUGUCCAUCUUCACCUGGGGCAUCUACUUCGGCUACGGCAUCUCCUACGCCAUCGGCAACUACGUCUCGGCGGCCGACAUCAUGGGACAGAGCUGGCGAUGGGCGUAUUACGUGGCGGCCAUUCCCGGGGCCGUCCUGUGCUGCCUCCACCUGACGGCUCACGACCCGCGGACCAGACAGGCAGCGCUCAGCGACGGAGAACACGACCUCUACCGGAUAAAGACCUCCGAGUCGGAGGCGGCACCGGUGGCCGCCGCGGAGGCCGCCGAGGGCGUCGGGCCGCGCGCCGGCUGGUGGAGCCGGUUCGUGGUGGACAAGCUGCGGGUGUUCCUGCAGCCGAGCAUCCUGCUGCUGCUGCUCGGCGCAUCCAUGCGACACACCGCUGGGUUCUGCUGGUCGACAAACACUCAGCUGUACUUCCAGACCUACUACCCGACGGCCGACCUGGGCCUGUGGCUCUCCUGGGUCAGCAUCGUCGGCGGCUCCAUCGGUGUCACCGUAGGCGGUGUGGUUAGUGACCGGCUGGUGAAGCGGAUCGGACUCCGGGCCAGGAUCUGGGUGCUCUCGGCCAGUCAGUUGGUGGCCACGCCGUUCGCGGUUGGCGUGCUGUACUUUCCGCCGCAGUGGUGCUUCGUCAGCCUCCUCACUGCCUAUCUGUUCGCCGAGAUGUGGUUCGGAGUGGUGCUCGCCAUCGUCGUCGAGCUGGUCGAGCCCGACGUCAAGUCCUCCACGGUCGCCAUCUUCCUCUUCAUCAUCAACAACGUGGGCGGCAACAUGCCGCUGGCGGUGGACGGGCUCGGCGACGUCAUCGGCUACCGGGACGCCCUCUACGUGCUCUACCCGGGCAUGUACUUCGCCAGUUCUGUGGUGUUCCUGCUGACGGCGUUCGCGCUCCGCCGGGACGGCCAGCCGCCCGCCGCCGCUCAGGAGGAGAUGACUGAAUCAUGACCAACUCUCAGGUGCCGUCCUUUUGAAUCAAUUAAGGCUUUACUCGCAGAGUUUCUGCUCAGCUCUCAGCCUAGGUUCACAGUGUGUCUGAGCUCUCAACUAUAAUUCCCAACUCCCGGAUAGCUCAGGAAACUGAGAGCCCUCUGAGAACUCAGACGUCAGCUGUUUGUCGUUACUGUAAAGGCUCGCAUUCAGAUCGCCAGUUAUCGUGAUCGGUUCAUUUCGCUCGGUUCGCAGUACUGAGUUCUUUAGUGAGCUGUUGGCGACUGGUUGCACUUGGGCCUGAGUUUCGAGUGCUGAACAGGAUUUACACGCUCUCUUACUUGGAAGCAGAAGCCAGAAGUCGUCCCUGCCACGAGCGAUGGAUCGUAUUACAUGCGUAGCUGAUAAUAUAUGGAAACUGUGUCGUAGGGACUAUUUUGUAUGCGUUCAUGUUGUCACAGAUAUGAACUGGUCGUUUAAGCCGACGCCUACUGUUCCCAAUAUAUAGGUAGGUAUUUUUUUUUUGUUGUUGUUACUCGUCAAUAUAUUCAAAUAGUAUGGUGCAAAAUAUUAUCCUUGGUGAGGAGUCUGUCAGUACAUAAGUAGGUACUUAAGUACAGUAAAAAUGUCUUGCAUUUUAAGCUUGCUAUUCUGAUAAAGAGCUGUGCUCGAAAUUAUCAAUAAACAAGUGUUUUGCUUCAA